UUAGCGGACCUACACUGCAUCGAUAACGACGUAGUUCGAUAUCUGUUAGUGGUCUCUGGCGUUAUCCGCGCGACUGGGCGAGAUAGUGCAGCGGCCAUGUUUGUUUACAAGAGUCAUUUAAAGGGAUAGACGUUUCUUCUAUCCGACCGAAGUAGGCAUAGCUUCAUUAUGUAAUUAUAUGGUUAUGAUUCGAUAGAAUAAUUGUUAUUAUCUAUGCCUUUUUGAUCCAACGAUGAGGACGGAGAUGAAGACAACCGCCAUGAACCUUAAAAACUACAUUAACCAGUAGGCUUUGCAACGGAGUGUCUUUCCUUGUUGCCUGGCAACGCCUCCAAACUGACCUGGAGAGUCGGAACAUUUAGAAGGUAACGUUAGCAGAUAUUAAAUGUGAGUGAAAGUUCAUGUAAAACCUUUAGAUAAAAAACAGAGCAGGAGGCAGGAGAUGAUUUAACGACGGAAAUGUCGGAAGAAACUACAGCUCCUGUUGGAGCUGAUAGCAAACACUCAGCGAUGCAGCAGGAGACAGAGGGAGGGUCAAAAAAGCAGCUCUCUGCAGACAUGUACUACAAGUAUGAGGAGCUUCACUCCAGACCGUCCAUCACACCGGACUCUGAAAUCCCAGAGAACCUCCUGCACCUCUCUCACUCCUUUGGUUACGACAGUGGGCGCAGGGGGAACCUGCAGCUGCUGGAUGAGAGAACUCUGAUCUUUAUAGCAGGAAACCUGCUCGUCCUGCUGGAUGUUUCCACCAAGGAGCAGAGAUACCUCCGCUCCUGCAGUGGAGGAGGAAUCGGCUCUAUCACGGCACACCCUAGCAAGGAGUACUUUGUUGUAGCAGAGAAGGGAAACCAGCCCAACAUCAUAGUCUAUGAAUACCCCUCCUUACGACCGUACCGCAUCCUCAGAGGCGGUACAGAGCGGGCGUACAGCUUUAUGGACUUUAACUAUGACGGGAGCCUGCUGGCCAGCGUGGGAAGUGCACCCGAUUUCAUGCUGACGCUGUGGGAUUGGAGGCAGGAGGAGGUGAUGCUGAGCUGCAAGGCCAUUUCUCAGGAUGUCUACCGAGUCAGCUUCUCCCCGUACAACCCAGGACUGCUCACAUCAUCAGGAUCUGGACACAUCAAGUUCUGGAAAAUGGCCGGCACAUUCACAGGUCUUAAAUUGCAAGGUCUUAUGGGACAUUUUGGGAAAACUGCAGCGACUGAUAUUGAGGGCUACGUGGAACUUCCUGAUGGAAAGGUGGUGUCUGGCUCAGACUGGGGUAACUUGCUGCUCUGGGACGGGAAUGCCAUCAAGGUGGAGAUUUGCCGUAAAGGGGGUCGGAACUGCCACGCCGGGAUGGUCCAGCCGUUUGCCCUAGAAGAUGGACAGCUUAUGACGAUGGGCACUGAUGGAGUGGUCCGGGGCUGGGACUUUGAGAGCAUCGACACUGCCGACAGUAGCAGCGACGGCGGCAAGUUUGAGAUAGAGCCCAUGAAUGAGAUGGUGGUCGGACACAACGUCUGUCUCUCCUCUGUGGUGAGGAGCUCCAUGCCUGACUCCUUCGUCUGGUUUGCUCAGGAUUCCAGCGGAGCUAUCUGGAAACUGGAUCUUUCAUUCACUUACACGACCCCUGAUCCAGAGUGCCUGUUUUCCUUCCAUGCCGGGCUGAUCCAGGGCAUGGAUGUGUCGAGGAAAUCCCACCUGAUGGCCACGACUGCUCUGGACCGUUCAGUCAAAGUUUUUGACUUCCUUGCAAAAAGGGAACUGACCACCAGCCGCUUCAAUCAGGGUGGAACUGCUCUUAGCUGGGCUCCACCUCUGGUGAACCAGAGUGGAGGUUUACUGGUGACGGGCUUUGAGGACGGGGUGGUCCGGUUGCUGGAGCUGUACGACCCUCAGAGGCUGCAUGUAGUGACCGGGCACAGCUUCAAAGGAGAUGCCUCACUGCGCCUCAAACAGGCCUUCAAACCCCAUAAUGCCCCUGUAACAGCUGUUGCAUAUGAGCGAAAUGGAGAUAUCUUAGCCACAGGGAGCUCAGACUGCACUGUGUUCUUCUUCACUGUCGGGGAAAAAUACAACCCCAUCGGCUUUGUCCGCGUUCCCGGGCCCGUGCAGGCACUGGAGUGGUCGCCUCAUUCCCACAGUGAAAACAGGCUGCUGGUCCUGUGUCAGAGCGGUCACGUGGUUGAGGUGCAGAAUCCUGAUCCAGAGGCCCAAAAACCGAACAAAACCUUCCAGCUGCCUGAACUGCCCAGCAGAUCUUUCAGGUUCAGGAGCAUCAAAUCUCGAAUCAAAAGGGAGGCGGAAAUCGCAAGACGACAAGCUGUAAAGGAGAAGAAGAAGAAAGAGAGAGAAGAGAGGUUGAAAGAAUCAAAGCAGCUGGAGGAAGAGGAAGAAGAAGAGGUUGAAGAGGAAGAGUUGCCCCCUAUCUACAUCCCUGACCCUCCAAGUCCUCUCUACUGUGGCUUCUACUCAGAGCCUGGCCAGUUCUGGCUCUCCAUGGGAGGUUUUGACUCAGGAUUCUUGUAUCACUGUAAGUUUUCUGAGAAGCAGGACCAGGAUCCGGACCAGCUGCAGGACGAGCCCUUUGACUUCCUUCCUGUCCACAAUGCAGAUGAUGACCCCAUUCGCUCCAUCACCUUCAGCUCCAACAGGCAGCUGCUGCUCUGCGGCAUGCACUCAGGCUCCAUCAGGGUUUACCCUCUGCAGCCUGGCGACCAAAGCCUCACCUCCAUGCAGGCCUACUGGGCUCUCAGCGUCCACGACAAUCAUUAUGGACACCUGCGGCACAUCUGCUGUGGCCAUGAUGACCACUUUGUGCUGACAGCGGGAGACGACGGGAACAUCUUCUCCUUCACCCUGCUUCCUCCAGAGGAGCUAGAGAAAGGCCUGCAGAGAAAGAGGGCCAAGGUUCCUUCUCCCAGGGUGGGUCUUGAGAAUGAGGCGUUAGCCCAAGACAUUGAGGACCCAGCAGCUUACAGCAUAGAGACGGCUAAGCAGAAGCUGGAGAAGGACCGCCUGCGUCGGGAGGCCGAGCUAAAGAUUGUGGCAAAGCGGAAGAGGAUGGUUGAACUCCAGAAGGAAUUUAAACAGCUGCUGAACACCAAUCAGAGUCUGCCUGAGAAUGUUCGCCUGAAACCUGUGGAGCUGCAGCUGGACCGACGUUUCAGUGAGCAGGCAGAGAGGGUGAAGGCCCAGCGGGUGAGGGAGGUCAGAAAGGACAUGAGCUGGGAGGAGGAGCGCUGCAGUAUAGCUCUCAGCAAGCUACAGGACUGGUUCAAGGACUCUCUGGAGGCAAACGUGGUCACUGUUGUCGCCAUCUGCACCGACCACAGAGUCUCCACCUACCGUCUGCCGGCGCUCACCGAGCCUUCAGCCCGGGUCGGACAUCAGAGCAAACCCAGCUGGCCCGACGGAGCCACUGCACCAGAACGCAGAAAAUCCAAGGCAGAGCCUGCAAAAGACAGCAGCAAGCUAGACGAGGAGGAGGUGCCCACCCCCCCAGUGGCUCGUCCAGAAGGGAUAAAGCUGGCAGAUCGGCAGGUUGAGAGGCUCCGAAAGGCUGCAGAGAAAGCUGAACAAGCUCGAGCAAAGAUAGAGAAGAGGAAGCAGGACUGGGCCCAACUUUAUGCAGAGAAGCCGGACGAGAACUGCGAGGAUCCACAGGAUGUGCAGGCCAUAUGCGAGGCCGAAGAGAACAUCGGAGACUUGAAGCUCAAGUCAGCAAAAGACUUCACAGUACCCAAACACCUGAGGAUCAACGCUGAGAGGAAGAGAGCAGAGCUGAUAGGCCUGGAGGAAAAUAUCCGCGAGAAGCAGACUGAGAUGAAUCGACGGAUUGUGGCGUUGCGGGACUCCAAGGUUCGUCUGGUGUCUCAGUUGCGCGCUCAGGCUCAGCUGGUCCAGAAAGUCCAGCAGCGUCUGGCAGCCCAUCUCCACUGCCCUCCACCCACCCUGCCCACCAUACUACCAGAGGAAACCCCAGAGAAGAGGCUGCAGUACAGCAACGCUACCCUGGAGCGAUACCGGGUUCUUAGGGAACAGAGGUUCCAGACCUUGGAGCAGGAGGAGCAGGAGGGAGCCGCAAGUUUUUUGGAGCAGCUGGAGAAAGAGAUGAAAGAAGAGGAAGAAGAAGAGGAGGAGAGAGGAAAGGAAGGGAGUCUAUCAGCUUCACCUGUAACUGGAGAAGAAGAGGAGACAGCAGUGGAGGAAGGAGCGGAGCUGAGUGAGCUGGAGGAGGAGCUCCAGAAGGAGGAGGAGAUGAGACUGAUGCAUGAGCAGGACUCUCUGCUGGAGGAGAUGGAGAGUUCAGUGUGUCAAUUCGAUGCAGAGCUCCGGCUGCUUCGUCACCAGAAGCUGCGUCUGGACUGGCAGCUGAAGCUGGCCGACCUCCGCCAGCUGACGCUCUAUCAGGAGCUGCUGCUCCUCAAGGACUUCGAGAGGAGGGAGGACGACCUGCAGGAGAAGCUCAACGAAUGCAUAAAGGAGGAGGACAGCAUCACGAGUAAGCUGGAGGAGUGCAGUGAACUGCUGGAGCAGAAGGGGGCAGACAUAGCCAAGCUGCAGGAGAGAGAGAAGGCUCUGUUUGCCGCCUUCCAGGCCUUGCUGGGCGAGAGCCACAAGUUUGAAGAGUUCCUGACCAAAGUCUUCAAGAAGAAGAUAAAACGUGUGAAGAAGGAGCAGAUGGGAAGUGAAGAAGAAGCAGAGGACAGUGAUGAAGACUCGGAUGACGACGAUGACUCGGAUGAUGAUGAUGAUGAUGAUGAUUAUGACAGCGGCGCAGAAGAGGGACAAGCUGCUCUGGACCCCAAUGUUUGCCCUCCAGGCUGUGACCCGGGAUUGUUUAAGAACACACUGCAGAUGCGUGAGCGUCGGCUGGACCUGGAGGAGCUCCUGGCGGAGGAGAGGAAGAGCGCUGAAGCUCUGAAGAAAGAGCGGGACCCCCUCAUCAAGAAGAAGAAAUCGGUGCAGAGCAGUCGGAAGGCAGCAGAGGACAACUUGGAGUUAGUCAACAGAGAGAAACAGCAGAAAAUGAAUGAACUGGAUGUUGUGGUUCCUCUCAGACUGAACCAGAUUGAGUUUGUCACUAACGACUCGGUGCCAUCUGACCUGAGCCCAGCGUUGGUGCUGGACCGGACCGAGCUGAGCAGGCUGCAGGAGCGCAUCAAGCAGUUGCAUGUGGAGAAGAGCGAGCAGAGAGAUCUGUACUAUAAGGCCCGCCAGCAGCACGUCAGGCUCAUCCAUGACCGCAAGGACAUGGACGCCAAUAUCCAGGAGCUGGAGCAGCAGUGUGAGCAGCUGAUGAUGAUGAAGUAUGGGAGGCUGGUGGAUCUGGAGGCGCUGCAGACGCUGUCGGGGAACAGGAGGCUGGAGGAGCUCAAGCAGGAAAAACUCCUCAGAGAAGCUGCAUAUGCCAAGGAAAUCAAACAGUGGGAUGCGAAGGUAGAAGAGGCGCAUGAGGCUCUGAUGGAGGUGACCAGGUGUAACACAGAGCGUCUCCUCACCAUGAUGAACCUCCUCGACCAGAAGAAAGACCUGGAGUGCAAACUCAACGCUCGGCAGAAGAAAAUGAGCCGACAGUUCCUGGAUUACAGACGACGUGUGGACCAGGGGGAGAUUCGAAGGCUUCAGGAGGUGGUGAAAACACAAUCGCAGCAGGCGGAGGCCCUCAGAAAAGAGAUUUGCCUCCUGUCCCGUAAAGGAGGCCACGUCCUACCCCCCGGCUAUGGCCCGCUGCCCCGGCUCGCCCCUUUGCCCACCCCCACAGACUGCACCCAUGCAGGCAAACGUGAACCAGGGCGUCCAUCCAAACAGCUGAAAGCACAAAACUCACCUAGCAGACAGGAAGCUCAUUAACUGAGAACAAAGGCCAGAUAAACACAGUUACUGUGUAGUGAGAGAACUCUGCUUACUAAUAGCACUUUCUUAUGAAUUAAGAUUAAAAUAAAUACUUCAGUUUGUUUCCUGCUGUGUUUAUUCAUAAUUAAAAGGCUUAAAUGAU